AUGGCUGCAGGACAAAGGCUUUGGCCCGGAGUGCAGCAUCGGCUGGCUCUGAAAGAUCCAUACUGUGGCUGGUGUGUCCUUCAGGGACGGUGCACCCGUCGCUCUGAGUGCUUGCGGUCCAGGUUGAGUGAGCAGUGGCUCUGGAGCUUUAACUCUACACAGCAGUGUCUGUCUGUCCAGUCACUAACUCCAGCCAAUAUCAGCAGAGAGGAAAAGAGAAAUAUAUUCCUGGCUAUCUCGGACUUACCUUCCCUGCGUGAGGAAGAAUUUUACUCAUGUUACUUUAAAGAUUAUGAAAGCCCAGCAGUGCUGACAGAGUCAGGAAUCAUGUGUCCUUCUCCAGAUCCCAGCCAAGCACCAGCUUUGCCAACAGGAGCAGAUCAUGUCACCAUAAAGCUCGUAGUGCGUUUCCAUGACAUCUUCAUUGCUUCUGUGGACUUCUCUUUCUAUGACUGUGCUGCAGUGGCCCUGCUGUGGAAGUCGGCACCGUGCAAGAAGUGUGUGAGCAGUCUCUGGGGAUGUAACUGGUGCAUCCAGCAGCACCUCUGUACCCACAAAGCAGCCUGUGAGGAGGGAAUCAUUAUCUACAAUGAAAGGGCCCAGAUCCCAGCCUCAGGUGUGUUUCCUUCUUCAGCAGCUCCCCUCACCAAGUCUUCUACCACAGCCCCAACCACGGCCACAAAACCCAUCACUCCCCCCAUCGUGCGAGUGGUACCAAGCACUGUGCCCUCCUCAGAGCCCAACCGCAUCACGUUCUCUGCAGCCUUGGACAUGACAUCUGAGCCUACAGAAACCCUCAGCUAUACGUACUUGACUCCCUCAACUGAAGCAGCCUCUCUCCAGGCCAUCACAGAAUCCCCCCUGCCACCACCAGCAGACAAACCUGCUGUCACUGAGCCAGAGACAACUUCUCCUUCUGCAUCUGUCCUCACCAGCCCAUCCAAAAACAUGGAUCAUGCAGCCUUGCCCACUGAAGGGCCAGCCACCGCCCAGGGGCCACAGCACACCAACCCACCCACCACGCUAGUGGGUAGCCCUCCGAACACCUUUUCAGCAGCAGUAACACCUUCUCCUCAUGUCACCAGCUUGAAGUGGCCUCCGAGUUCUUUUCCUACCACAGAGGCACUGACAUCUGCCAUCCCAUCUCCCCAAACUCCCAGCCAGGUGCCGGAGGGUCCUGCUGCCUCUGAGGAUUCUCCUGGAUUGCUGGGAACUGAACUACCUGCUUCAGAGCUCCCACCAUCAGCUCCCCCAGAAUGGCUGCUGGAGGAAGGCACGGAGCUGCAGGACACGGAGGACUGGAUGGAUUUGCUGCAGGCUGAGAAUGACACAUCUUCCUUCUCUGCUUCUACCCUUCUGUCGGGUGAUGGGGAUUCUUCAGAGAGAGAUGUUCCUGACUUCCCCAGGAUCCUUCACCCUGACCUCAACUAUCAGUAUGAUGCUCCUGAGUUUUGGGAAGAGGAUGAAGAGCUUAGCUGGGGUCCAGAUGCAUGUCCCUGUGUGCAGCGAAUCCAGGGAUCUUCACUGUUUCCAGUCAACGUGGCAAGGAAGAUAACCCUGCUGGGAAAGAACUUCCACCUCUAUCAGGACCAGCAGUGGGACUAUGAGUGUGUCCUGAAUUUGGAGGGGAGGACAGUGGUGAUGGAUGCUUAUGUGGAAGGAGAAGAAACAAACAAAUCCCUCUGUUAUAUCACCUGCCAGAUGAACCAGUACAGUUACACAGCGCCUCAACUCGAAUUCAAUGCUGUGGUGUUUGUGCAGAGGCAACGACACCUUCGAGUGGACAGUGCUGCAGAUCUCCACGUGACUUUUUACAACUGCUCUGUGGGACACACUGACUGUAGCCGCUGCCAGACUGCUGACUCCAAGUACAACUGUGUGUGGUGUGGAGGUGACAACCCCAGCUGUAUCUUCAGGGGCUCCUGCAAGGAAGAUAUAGAAGACUUGUGUCCAGCACCUCUCAUUCACUCUGUGUACCCCCUGUCUGGACCAGUGGAAGGUGGCACUAGAAUCACCAUCACUGGCUCAAACCUCGGGCAGAAACAUCAAGACAUUGCAGAAACUGUCACUGUUGCAGGAAUUCCCUGUGCCGUAGAUGCUCAAGAGUAUGAGAUCUCUAGCAGUAUCGUGUGCGUCACUGGCAGGAGCUGGACAGAGAGAUCUGGGCACGUUGUGGUGGAAGUGCCUGGAGGAGGACGUGGAGUUUCUGGGCACAUUUUCACCUAUCAGAACCCAGAGCUGAAAUCCAUUGUGCCAACUCAGGGCCCCAAAGCAGGAGGAACCUGCCUUACCCUUCUGGGCUCAAAGCUGCUGACUGGGCAUCCUAGUGAAAUCAGUGUCCUGCUUGGAGACCUCCCAUGUCACAUCCUCUCUGAGAUGACAGAGGACCAGCUGGCAUGCCAGACCAGUCCCAGCAAUGUGUCUGCAGAGCUCCCAGUCACCAUCAAAUACGGGGACCAAGAGCGAAGACUGGAAGGAUCCCUCUUCAGAUACACUCUGGAUCCCAACGUCACUUUUGCAGAGCCACCUAAAAGCUUCCUCAGUGGAGGGAGAGUGCUCAGAGUUCAUGGCUACAACUUGGAUGUUGUACAGAAACCCAAGAUCCGAGUUACGGUUUCCCCAUCCGAACGGCGACGCCGAGCUCUGGGACGAUGGCGCAGAAUCAUCCCUGACACCCAGUGCCCUGAGGGCGCUCUGUGCAGUGUCCAGCAGUUUGAAGAACCAUGUCUGGUGAAUUCCUCCUACCUGAUCCUGUGCAAAACUCCAGCUAUUAACCUGCUGUUGCGGAGUGUCCAUAUCAAACUGGAAUUUAUUCUGGAUAAUCUCAGCUUUGAUUUCAACUCGCUGCAUCCCAUGCCCUUCUCGUAUGAAGUUAACCCCAUCCUAAAACCCUUGAAUGCUGAAGACCCUGCCAAACCGUAUCGGCACAAGCCAGGAAGUGUCAUCUCUGUGGAGGGGGAAAAUCUAGAUCUUGACUAG